UGUUUGCUCGAUCAAUAAUAAUGUUUAUUCGAAAUGGAAAAAGUUAAGAUUAAGAUGAAACGAUCGUGAAUCUUCAUUUUCAAUAGACUUACGGUCAAUGAACUAUAAAAUAACCAAAAAAAACGGAUUCGUGGGUCGAAGAUCGAGUUGAUGGGUUGGCCGUUUAGAGACAGCUGUUCGUCCCGACGAAGAGCAACGUUCUUGCCAUCAAAGAGCCCUUCCUUUUUCUUUCCUUUUUCUCUUCCUCUUCUAUUAAAACAAAACGAAUAAAAGAGCAGUCUAAAAGGCUUUAAUAUAAAUCUUUCCAAAAGAACUUUUUAAAGACCUAGCUAUACCUAGUUAUAUUUCAAAUUUGUAAAUAGAAAAGAAAGAAGAAAAGAAAAUGAGAGAGGAGGAAAUGAAAUGGAGAGAAUAACAAAAAGACAGUUUUCAAAAGAUAUCUUGGUUGUGUUUAUGUAUCUUGGAAUCCAGUGUACAUUAACGGUUAAUCUAAGAAAGAAAAAUGGGAGAAAGAAGAAGUAAGAAAAAAAAAUUGAAAGAGAAUAUAACAAAAUGGAAUAAUAGGAAAGAUAAAAAAGAAAAAAAAUAUAUAUAUAGAAACAAUGAAAAAUUUAAUAAUCAACUCCUUUCGAAUAAUUAUAUCCUAUUUUUCAAGUUGUUUUUCAACUUUCUAUUAUAAAUGGAAAAGAAUUAUGUCGCAAAUUCUAAUUCUGAAAUUAGAUCGAUGGAAGAGGCCCCAGAAAGUCAGAAUGCGCAGAGUGUGUGCGGCAUCGUGCGAGGCGCCUUCCUGAUCGCAGAGUGAAGACGAAACUCACGAUGGAAACGUCAGUCGCGUGCCGGCCACCAAACCAGUCGGAUGUUCCCGUUUGUUCAUCCUAAUGUGGAUUUAAUUCACCGUGAAUUUCCGCGCUCUCUAUUUUUUUUGAAAGGUUAAUCAAGGUCGGCUCGAAUGUUGGAUGUAUUCAAACGAUUGAAAAAAAAUGUUCUUCUCGAUCCAUUGAUUUGAGUAUUGAUAAUAAAAAAAAAAAAAAACAAAAGUGAAACUCGAAGAUGUACGAAGAUUGGCUUCGUUCGUGAGAAAGGACAUAGGCACUUGCAUAUAUUCUACGAAGAACUUUGAAUGAUUCCUUUAAAGUGAUCAUCCUAAUAAUUUAUGAAGAAUAUAUCGUGUGAGCCAGACGUGUUAAUACCGAUAGCGAAAGAACGCGGUCGCGAGUAAACGAAGCAUGAUCGGUGGAAAUUCGUCGAUCGCGAAGCUGACAAAUUACUGGUCGGAUCGACAAGGUGGAUCUGAGGUUUCGAUCAUUGACAACGUUUAAGAAGGACUUGUUUAUCUCUUGACAUUUCUUUGAGAAUCCUGAAGGAUCGAAGAAGAUGCCGAAGAACAAUAUGUGGAGACAAAGGCGAGUAGUCGUUCCUAAGAGAACUAUCGAGCUUAUCGCCCUGGUGGCUAUCUCCUGUACGCUUUUCCUUUUUUUACACACAAGAGAGCUCCACUCGCGUCUUCGAAAAAUGGAGGUACGUUUGCAGCCGGCCGAGGAUGAGCUUUUCUCGGGUAAACAAAUUUCUUCUGGAGUUCAAACGGAAUCUACAUCGAGCGGGAACGAUCAUUAUUCGAGCUUACAGCGCGUUACACAGAAGUACGAAGAAGCAGAUCUUCUCGAUGUCGAUGGGCUGAACAACACAAAGAAAGCUGAUAGAUUGGUGCUUUUCUUUAAUCGUGUACCAAAAGUUGGCUCCCAGACGUUCAUGGAACUAUUAAGAAGGCUUUCCAUGAGGAACGGUUUUUCUUUCAACAGAGAUCGCGUUCAAAGAGUCGAAACAAUACGUCUCGCCCCGAUCGAACAGCUUCAACUUGCCAGAAUGGUCAGCAGUUACUCGGAACCAUCGGUUUAUGUGAAACACGUGUGCUUCACGAAUUUCACCAAAUUCAAUUUACCGGAACCAAUUUACAUAAACGUAGUUCGAGAUCCAGUGGAGAGGGUUAUAUCUUGGUAUUACUAUGUUAGAGCACCCUGGUAUUACGUCGAGAGGAAGCAAAUUUUCCCCGAUUUACCCUUGCCCGAUCCGAAUUGGCUGAAGAAAGACUUUGAGACGUGUGUAUUGAAGGGUGACCGCGAGUGUCGCUAUCUGAAAGGAGAAAUACACGAGGGUAUCGGUGAUCAUCGUAGACAGACACUUUUCUUUUGCGGACACAGUGAAAAGUGCACUCCUUUCAACACGGUGGGAGCCUUAGAACGUGCCAAGCUCGCAGUCGAGAAACAUUAUGCGGUCGUUGGUGUCCUUGAAGAUGUGAACACUACCCUUACUGUCCUGGAGAAUUACAUACCUCGAUUUUUCCGAGGUGCCGCUCAAGUCUAUCAUGAUCAAACGAACGCUUUCACAAGCAUCAACCGAAAUUUCUUUAAGCCACCGGUGAGCGAAGAAGUAAAGGAUAUCGUCCGUAGAAAUUUUACUCGCGAGGUCGAAUUUUAUCAAUUCUGCAAGCAACGACUGUACAGACAAUUGAGAGCGUUAAAAUUGACCAACGCUGAUUUCACAAUGAAUAAUCGUUUAUAAGGAAGAGAACAGGACUAUUCUUUCUUUUUGUUCUUGAAAAAUAUUCUCACCGAUGAGGGAUAACAACAGGAUCGAUUUAGUUUCUUUCUUUAUUUUUAAGAAAAGACAAACAAACUCCUGGUAAAUCAGAAAUGAUAUUUACGAAUGCCAGCCAUAUACGUAAAUACCUUUUUUUUUUUUUUUCUUUUUAUAAUAUAUAUGUAUAUAACUAUUUUUCUGUUCCGUGAUUAUAUCUCGUUGUCGUUUUACUUACAAUUUGUCUUAUUCGAUUUGUCCAACUUUUCACUCCUCUCGAAUCUCGAAUAUUUUCGAGUCGUGAGUGUAUGGUUGUGCAAAUGUGUGCAUGUGUGUGUGGAACAAGUAAUGCAUAUUUAUUAGAACUUGCCGUAAGAGUUCGUGAAAGGCUUGCUUGAUACCUCGAUUUCCACUAAUACGAUCUCGACGUGAAUUCGCUUAAGAUUUGUUAUCGCAUAAAUCUUAUUGUUAGAAAAUGUUUCCUAAUUGACACCUUCAUCGACUACAACAAUUGUUCACGGUGAAUUUGUCAAAGACUGACAAAAAGGAAUUAUCGUAUCAUGGAUUUGUAACGAUUAGCUGGACGUUCCAAAACAUUACAGGGUAACUCUUGAUGAUUUAUUGAGAAAUGAUUAUAAACGACAUUUGUACUAUCACUAAUUACCUUCUCUCUCUCUCUCUCUCUCUCUCUCUCUCUCUCUCUCUCUCUCUCUCUCUCUCCCUCUCUUUUUCUCUCUCUCUCUUUUUUAUAAUAAAUGCCUGCCAUUUUAAAAACUCAUUCAUUUCAAACAUUUCGUUAAUGUUUCCUAAAGAAAAACAUUUACAAAGUGAAAGGAUGAACAAGCCUUUUUUAAGAAACUAACAUGAAAUAAAAAUCAAAAAACUAUAAAUCGUAUAUCUAUUAUUGUAUUAAUAAUAGCACAUAGUACAACGAUACAGAAUACAGAUAUACACAUAUAUAUAUUUAUAUAUAUAUGUAUAUUUAUAUAUAUAUAUAUAUAUAUAUAUAUAUAUACACAUACAUGUAUAUAUGCAUAUAUAUAUAUAUAUACAUGUAUGUAUAUAUGUAUGGUAAAUAUACGUAUAUUAUUCAUUUUAAUCAGGGAUAAUGUUCUUUCUUAUCAACGUUCAUACAUAAAAAUCUCUGUCGUGUACACAUCUUUAAUAUCCUUAAUAUAACAUUAUAAUUCCCCAGGCAUAUUAUGAAUUUUUUAAGGAUUCAAUAACGGUCAGAAUAGGAUCGUUUUGUCAAAUGUUUAUGUAAAAAGAAAUAAAUAAAUAAAAAUCGUUGAUCGAUUUUUUGAUGUUUGAAAAGAAAAGUAUGUAUCUAUAAGAGUAAAGAUAUCUCAAGGGGAAGAAUAAGUAUUUUAUUAAUGUAUCAAUUUUCCAUCAAAAUUAUACAAAAAUAGUACACUUUACGAUAGUAGCAACGUAAAGUCUGAUAUGCGUAUAAGUUGAAAAUAAUGAUCGAAAAUAACCAAGUG